AUGUUGUCUCCCCACGCAGACCCUGUGGUUCAGAUUGCUGUCGACAACUCCCGCAACAUCCUCUACACACGCUCUGAAAAGGGGGUUCUACAGAUGUACGACCUGGGUGCGGACGGGCAGGGUAUGAGCAGAGUGGCUGCCAUGUCCCAGAGCUCCAUCGUGGCAGCAGCGGGAAACAUCGCCAGGACCAUCGACCGCUCUGUGUUCAAGCCCAUCGUCCAGAUCGCCGUGAUCGACCGGUCGGAGUCCCUGGACUGCCAGCUGCUGGCCAUUACACACGCGGGGGUGCGCCUGUACUUCAGCACCUCGCCGUUCGCCCUGCCCAGUGCCAGACACACCCCUGCCCGGCCCAGCCUCCUGGUGCUGAUCCACGUGCGCCUUCCGCCGGGCUUUUCUGCCUCUUCUACACUUCAGAAGCCCGCCAAGGUUCACAAGGCGCUCUACACCAAAGGGGUCCUGCUGAUGGCCGCGUCAGAGACUGAGGACAGCGACAUUCUGUGGUGCAUGAACCAUGAUUCCUUCCCCUUCAAGAAGCCACUCAUGGAGGCUCAGAUGACCACCAAUGUGGAUGGCCACACAUGGGCACUGUCCACCAUUGAGGAGGGCAGGGCAGCCAGGAUCUCCACACCGGUCAACAAAGACCUGGUUCCUCUCACGGACUCCCCCGUCGUGGUGCAACAGCACAAUGUGCCGCCCAAGAAGUUUGUGCUCCUCUCUGCCAAGGGGAGUCACAUCUUCCACAAGCUGCGGCCUGUGGAUCAGUUGCGCCACCUGCUGGUGAGCAGCGGUGGUGGUGAGGGAGAGGAGAUCGACCGCUUCUUCAAGCUGCAUAGGGAGGAGCAGGCUUGUGCCACCGGUCUAAUUUUGGCGUGUUCCAGCGCCGCCUGCGACCGUGAGGUGUCAGCGUGGGCCACCCGGGCCUUCUUCAGGUACGGAGGCGAGGCCCAGAUGCGCUUCGCCUCGGCCCUCGCCGCGCCCAGCAACCUGGGGCCCCUCUUCGGCUCGCCCGUCCCAGGGUCCCCGGUAUCUGUGGGCAGCCCCCUCCCCAACCCCAGCUUCCUAGCCACACCUGCUCCAGGUCUGAUGCCCGCCAGCAUGUCCACACCCUUAAUCCCUGCCAGUCCUGGGGCGCCCUCUCUGACUGGGGGAUCCGCAGGCCCCGAGGUGGUCUUCUCUGGGAAGCACAAUGGCAUCUGCCUGUACUUCAGCCGCAUCCUGGGGAGCAUCUGGGACAGCAGCCUGGCCGUGGAGAAGCCCGUCAGCAGAGGGGGCCAGACACUGAGCGUGAUGGAGAGCUCCGUCAGCUCCCAGCACUUGGAGACCGUCCUCUUUGAGCUCUGCGGCCUGAAAGACUUCCUGGACAGGAAUUCUCAGUUCAGCCCUGCCUCCCUGGGUGUGGCCAGCUUCAGCACCUCAGCCAAUCUGCAGCAGCGACUUCUGGGCUUCAUGCGGCCAGAUGGGGGCAGCAGCUCUCAGCAGGUACAGCAGGAGCUCCAGAGGAAGUACCACACGGAGGCGCAGGCCUACGAGAAGGCGUCCCUGCAGGGAAUUCAGCAGCUGGUGCAUCGUUCCUGCCAGACGCUGGCGCUGUGGAAGUUGCUGUGUGAGCAUCAGUUCAGCCUGAUCUUGGCCGAGUUGCCCAAGGAAUUCCAGGAGCAGGUGAAGAGCAGCAGCUUUAAGGACGUGGUGAUCCGGGGCGGCGAGCUGACCGGGGCUCUGAUCACCGCUCUCAUCAACGUCUACAUCAAGGACAGCGCCUCCGUGGACACCAUCAGCCUGCACCUGCGCGACAUCUGCCCCCUGCUCUACAGUUGUGACGAUAGCGUCUGCUCUAAGGCAAAUGAGCUGCUCCAGGGUUCCCGGCAGCUACAGAGCAAGUUGGAGCGGGAGCGAGCGCUGAGGGAGUCCCUGCGGCUCUACCAGCAGAUCAGCCACCACACAGAUCUGCAGUUGGUGUGCGCGCAGUACCGUAGUGUGCGUUUCUACGAGGGCGUCCUGGAGCUUUGUCUCACAGCGGCUGAUAAGAAGGACCCCCAAGGGCUGGGCCUCCACUUUUACAGAAACGGGGAGCCAGAGGGAGACUCGGCCGGACAGCUCGCCUUUCAGGAGAGGCUGUCCAGCUACAAGUGUGUGACUGACACCAUGCAGGAGCUAGUGGCCCAUAGCACGGUGGCCCCCCAGUCCCCCAGCGUGCCCAAGCAGCCCGGCCCCCCCGUCAUGACCUCUGACCCCAAUAUGCUGAGCAACGAGGAUGCCGCCGCCCACUUUGAACAGGUCCUGCAGCUGGCGCAGAGGUCACAAGAUGAGCUUUUCCACAUUGCCCUCUACAACUGGCUGAUCCAGGCAGACCUGACGGAGAAGCUGCUGGAGGUCAACUCGCCCUACCUGGAGGAGCACCUGAUGCGGAUGAUCAAGCAGGACCAGAACAAGGUGCACAGCAUGGACCUGCUGUGGAGGUACUACGAGAAGAACCGCAGCUUCAGCAAGGCGGCGCACGUCCUGGCCAGACUGGCCGACAUGCACAGCACGGAGAUCUCCCUGAAGCAGAGGUUGGAGUACAUCUCCAGGGCCAUCCUGUCAGCCAAGAGCUUCUCUGGCACCUCCUCUCAGGGGGCUGACGGCGAGUUCCUCAACGAGCUGGAGGAGAAGAUGGAGGUGGUGCGGAUCCAGGUGCAGAUCCAGGAGACUCUCAGCCGGCAGUACUCCCAGCAUCCUUCAGUGCAGGCAGCCGUGUCACAGCUGGACUCUGAGCUGAUGGACAUCACCAAGCUCUACGGUGAGUUUGCGGACCACUUCCGGCUGUCGGAGUGCAAGCUGGCCAUCAUCCACUGUGCCGGCCACUCAGACCCCAUCCUGGUGCACUCGCUGUGGCAGGAGAUCCUGGAGAAAGAGCUGAGCGACAGCGUGACCAUGAGUGCGGGUGACCGCAUGCGAGCUCUGAGCCUGAAGCUGGUGUCCCUGGGCAGGAUCUACGCCGGCACGCCCCGCUACUUCCCCCUGGAGUUCCUGGUGAAGUUCCUGGAGCAGGAGGUGUGCCGGCUGCACUGGGACGUGGGGUUCACCACCUCCACCAUGCUGGAGAUGGGGGUGCAGCUGCCCAGGUUGCUGGAGGUGUACGACCAGCUCUUUAAGACGCGGGACCCCUAUUGGCAGCGCAUGAAGAAGCCGCUGCACCUGCUGGAGUGCAUCCACGUGCUGCUCUCGGGCUAUGUGGAGGACCCCAGCCGCGUGCCCGCGUACGACAGGAGGAGGUUCACCAACGUGUGCCUGGACAACAUCUGUGGCUACCUAGUAGAGCUUCAAUCGCUGAGCCCCAGCGCCGUCCUGCAGCACGUCAUCGGCAACUUCAAGGCCCUGCAGUCCAAGCUGGAGAAGGUGCACUGAGAGCUGGGGGAGGUCGUACAUGUGCAGGAUGCCUCACCACUGAACCCCCCCCCGCCCCCCACCAUCACCACCACAACCACCCAAACAGAGGCGGAUCUCAGCCACCGUCUUUCUUCCACACAUUUUCAUCCCUUUAAUUGUUUUGCAUGUUCAACAGUUGGAGGUCUGAAUAUUAGCAGCGUGGGUUUGACGGAGGGUCAAACUACCUUGGUGACACCCCCCCCCCCCCCCCUUUUGCAGACACCGCUGCUCAUUUCCCGCUGAACCAGGCCUGGUGCUCUCACUGUAAACUUCCUGUGAUAUUCCAGUGGCUGGUGUUCUGCAAUAUGCCCCACAUCCCCCCAAGGGUGCCAUUGUGCUUCUCUGUGAUAGACGCACUUCGAUCAUUCCCAGGGGUGGGCAUUAACAGCACAGUACACACAUCUGACGGCCCCCCGAGGGUAUGGGGGCCCCCGUGCGUGUUACGGAGCCCUGCUUGCACUAAGGGGCCCCGGCUGUGGGAUUGUUAGUCGGCUCAUUUGCCCUGGGAUUUCCGUUCUCCUGCUGGCACCCUCAGUGAUCCUCUAAUCAGGCACUGGGUUUGAAUGGACAGUGCCCUGUACCUCUAGCAGGUGGGACCCUGAAUUUUCCUCCUUUUGUUUAGGGUGCAGCCCAGUCCUCCCCACCAAAGAGGAGUUCUGUACUUUAAAACCUGACUCUCACUGCUAUUUUAUAAUAAACUUUUUAUGUAAAUCAACCAUUUAGGUUUGUUUUGUAUGUUUUUGAUAUAGGCCUUGCUGAUUGAUUUGUAUUGUAAUAAAAACUGAAAGCACUGA